AUGUCUUCUGGGAAUAAACCACGGGCACCGUCGGUGUUGGUCACCGACUCCCGAGCCCGCGAGAGAAUCAACCAGCGACGCAUCCCGCAGCGUCCCGACGCCAUGUCCCGUUCCCCUGGCCGCGUGCCGAUGCGCUUCAUGACCGUCGACAACGUCCUGCAAUUCAGCUCCCAGAUUCCCUCCGGCCAGCCCCGCGGGCCGCCCACGCCCUCGGCCGGUCCCGGCAGCGGCGGCGGCAGUGGUGGCAGUGGUCCCAUCCAGCCGCGCCGGGUCGUCUCCGUCGGUCUCCCCAACGUGCACUCGCGCACCGGCCAGCCGAUGCCCUCGCGCACGACCAAAAUAAGCGAGAAGCUGGUGCUGCUGCCUGAGACCGAUGACAAGGAGCCGGACGCCGAGGACGAGCUGGAGAGCGACGCCGCGCUUGCCCGCCGGAUCCAAGCCGAGGACGACAACGCCGGGCCGCUGCGCGACGAGGAGCUCGACGUGCUGCGCAAGCGCGGCGGCAUCCGCGGCAAGAGCUACGCCGAGCGGCUGCCUAAGAUGCAGCGCAAGGACAAAGUCAGUAGGUUGACGGCGUACUGCACCGCGCAGGCGUUCAAGAUCAAGGCCACGGCCGACUUUCUGAAGGACAAGCACGAGGCCAAGACGAAGCUCUACGACGACUGCCUGUACGUGAUUUAUGCGCUGCCGCUCAUGAACGGCACCGACGGCUACCGCGUCCGCGGCCGACCCAUUCUCAAGACGCCCGGCACCGGAAAGACGGUGCUCGACCUCGAGAUUGAGCGCACCGAGCAGCGCGGCCGCCACGAGGGUUACUUUGCCGAUGACGCCUACACCGGGCCCGAUAGCCCCGAGCAGCCCAGCCAUGUGCGUCCCGGAACGCACCAGCCGUCGCCCGACAACGACACCGACGCCGCGCCGCGCCGCGCGUACCACCACCACAGCAGCUCCCACCUCCCGCACGACGACGACGACGCUCGCAGCGGCGGCGGCGGCGGCUCGCCGCUGCACCACCGCCUGGGCGGAGGCCCCAACAAGAACUUUGCCGAAAUGUUUGUCUACUCGUACGGUGUCGUCGUCUUUUGGAACUUUUCCGAGUACCAGGAAAAGGACAUCCUCGCGGACCUGACCUUUGCCGACGCCGAGGACGGCAUCAGCCUGCUCACGCGGCCGCUUGAGCAGCACGACUUUGAGACGGAAGAGUUUCAUUUCGAGUAUAGCGCCGACGUUAAGCGCCCGCGCAUCUUCAACGACAUGAUUACGCUCAUGCCGCGCUCCGACCACAUGAUCAAGCUCACCAUCAGCCACGCCAUUGCGCAGAGCACCAAGCUGUGUCUGUUUGAGGAGCGUCUCGGCGAGACCAUGCUCGACGCGCAGGAUGUGCCCAAGACGCUGGCGCUGACGGGCGAGCUCAACAUGACGCGGACCGAGAUUGUCAAGAUUCUGGGCCGGCUGUUCAAGAGCCGUGUCGACAUUAAUCUUUCGUCCAACAUCCUCGACGUGCCCAACUUCUUCUGGGACUCGGAGCCCACGCUGCACCCGCUCUACGCCGCUAUCCGUGAGUACCUCGAGAUCGACCCUCGCAUCAAGGUCCUCAACGAGCGCUGCCGCGUCUUCCUCGACCUCGCCGAGAUCCUCUCCGACUCGGUCAACGACGCCAAGAUGAGCUCCAUUACCUGGAUCGUCAUCAUCCUCAUCCUCGUCAGCAUCCUCGUCACCGUCACCGAGGUCGGCCUGCGCUUCGUCAUGCUCGAGCGCAGCAAGCAGCCCGGCGAGGUGACGGCGGCGCCCGCGACGACGCCGCUACUAUUACCACCACCGCCGCAGCUCCGUGUUGGUCCACCGAUGGCGCCGGAAGGGGAGCGGCACACGGGCCGCCUGCGGCCGUCCAUGUCCAGCCCGCUCGAGGAGCUCGCGCGAACGCUCGGCCUCGAGGCGAAUGCGACGCUGGAUGACGUCAAGAGUAGUAUACGCACGCUGCAGGACGAGGCGGCGGCGCUACCCGUGCCCGCCACCGAGGGUGGUGGCGGUGCCAAGGUCGAUGAGCUCAAGUGA